CGAGCUUCUACAUGUUUGAACUCAGUGUGGACGCUCUGUUUUCAAUUCAGCGACUCUUUUAGCUGAAUUAGUCCCGUUUUCUCGAGACUAGUUAAUAUCGAUUUAUGCUCACCAUCCUCGAAGAGAAGAAACGGGUCAAAAAGUGGGCCGCUGUAAUGUCAGUAACCGUGGAAACCAAAGUAUCAAGGGUUCCUCUCCCUCUUCCGAUCUACUUCUCCCAUGCAGAGCAGUCCUUCUCCCUGAAAAAGCGCCAUAGGGAUUUCUCCUCAUCCCAUGUUUCUUCAUCUGUCUCCCCUAUCCGACUCGCUCAUACUGUGCCCCCUCACCCGCCAUCUAAAGGAUGCCCCCCUGUGAGCCGGGUGUUCUCCCAGCACUUAUCUCCAUGGACGCCCUUAUCUGAGUCUCUUAGCAAGUCUCCCCCUCCAAAUUCUGAAUAUGAUCCAAGCAAGCAGCAGACUUAUUUCAAUCAGUGCUUCACGAACUUGGGCCUCAUAGGAAGGGGCUCCUUUGGUGAGGUCUAUGAGGUGCUGAACAACAGGGACAGGCGCCGUUACGCAAUCAAGCGGUCGGCUAAUCGAUUCAGGGGCAACAGCGAGCGGAACCAGAGUAUAAAGGAGGCCAGGAACCAUGAGCGUUUGUGUCCACACCCUCAUAUCCUGAACUUUGUGGCAGCGUGGGAGGAGUGCGGCAGACUGUACAUCCAGACUGAGCUGUGCAGCACUAACCUCCUGAUCCAUGCUGAGAACCAGCCUCCUGGUCCAGAUGAGCCUGCAGCGUGGGCCUACCUGUGCGACCUCCUUUCUGCACUGCAGCACUUGCACUCCCACGGUUUUGUGCAUCUGGACCUGAAGCCCGCGAAUGUCCUCAUGACCGACUCCGGCCGACUCAAGCUGGGAGACUUUGGGCUAUUGUUUGAUGUCAGGCAGGCUUCGGAUUCUGCAGGGGGUAAAGUGAAAGAGGAUCUGCAGGAGGGAGAUCCUAGAUACAUGGCCCCAGAGCUGCUCCGUGGGGAGUAUGGACCUGCUGCUGACGUUUUCAGUUUGGGUGUUUCUCUUCUGGAGCUUGCUUGUAAUAUUGAAGUUCCCAACGGUGGAGACGGUUGGCAGCAGCUCAGAAAAGGCUGCCUCCCCUCAGAGUUUACCAGCACUCUUUCACCUGAGCUUCAGACAGUCCUGCAGAUGAUGCUGGAGCCAGAUACGUCCAAGAGAGCGACAGUCUCCGAGCUGCUUUCCCUCCCUUCUGUGAAGAGGCGCAGGUGGAAGAGGCGCCUCUACCUCACGCUCACGGAGGCCAUGCUAACACUGGCUUCCUUGUUCCAGCUGGUAGUGUGCUUUGGUUGGCAACUCAUCUCCUCCCUUCACUUGUCCUUCCUCCCUCCUUGGACCACACCGGUGCCGUGCACACCUCCUAAAAGCAGCUGGGACAUGGAUUUGACCCUGUCCAACAGCACGCUGCAUGAGGACUCUGGCAGCACAGAGGAUGAUGCAGUGUUUCUGCCCGAUCCUGCGGAUCCAGAGCUUUCACCCACUUUCUUACACAGAGUUAAAUCCAAACUGUCUCUGGAGAGCACGUCCACUCCGCUCACAUGUUCACCAGUUCGUUUUCAUCUCAGCCCUGCGCACACACCCAGUCACUUGGAUCUUGGUGAUUUGUCCUGCCAUAUCGCACCACAGACUCCCUCCAGCAUGCAGUCAAACGGCUCCUGUCACACAUCAAAUCAUGACGUGAGUCCCGCCCAUAAUGGGCUUCACAUGGACAGGACGAAAUCCACCAAGUUCUCACAGCGACGCCGACAAAACGGGUUCCGGCCAGACGAAGCUUUACCCUGUCCCAGCUUGGAACCAAAAAACCUGCUCAGUCUGUUUGAGGAAACUGCGCUAGAUGGACAGCCAUAAGCCCGGGGCUGCCGCGCCCCCGCCACCACAGAAGUGACAGCUUCUUCUGUAUGAACUGUUCCUGCCAUGUAUGAAAAGUCUUAGAAAGCUUCUUUGAUUGAACAAAUGGUAUGUAGUAUUGUAAAUUUGUGAAAGCUUAAAGCACUUUUUAAGUUUGAGUAGGUUAAAAAUCUUGCUGAGGUUAUUACUACGGUAAACUUAAGUUCUGAACCUCAGUUACAAAAUAAAAUGAGGAACGCUGCUUCUAAAAGUUUUGUGCUCAUCAGAACCCAGGGCAUGAAUCUAUGUGCAUAUUGCUCAUCUUUCUGCAAAUCUAACUCUGCUGUGUUGAGUUGCGUCAGCUAUCGGUCUUGAACUAAACUGGGGAGCAAAAGGUGUACUCUUCUUUUAACUGCUCAUAAAGAUUGUA